GUUUGGCCCCAACCAUGUCCUAGGGUACCCCUUUUGUCGCAUUCAGCGGGCGCGCUCGGGCUCGUGCCACUCUCGUCGCUUCUCGACGCCACCACAAGCUCUCGCCUUCCACCUCUCGCACGGUAGUCUCUCCCUCCGCUUCGCGACAUCUCUCUUUCUACGCCCAGGCCACGCGGAGCGUACGGUGGGAGCCCCUUGCUCCUCGUGACCCCGUCCGUCACCGCGCUGCCGUCUCUGAAACGGAAGGCUCUGCGAGGUAUCGCACCGCACCUCGCGCUCACGUCGCAUUCAGAUCCACUUUAGGAGCGUCCUUAGCGUGUCGCCGCCUGCUCUCAUCGCCGUCGUCGCUGACCGUUCACUCGCGCGGCAGCCAUGUGGCGGGUGGCGUGCCGCGAGGCGCGCAAGCAGGUCUCGUCGCUGUCCCGCGCGCACGGGCACGGCGCGCCCUUACCGGGCAGUCCCCACCCGCUGCACACCCUCGCGCACGCCGCACCCCCCGUCGCCGCCGCGCCCCAUCAUGCCGUUCCGUCGCUCCGCCCCGCCCUCCUCGCCGCUACCGCCGCUCGCGUUGGCGCAUGCCGCCACGCGUCGCCCCUCGCUCUCGCGCUCGCCUCCCCCUCGCUCUCCGCACUCCGCUCCGCGCUUCCCCGCUCCUCCGCCCACCUCUCCUCCGCCACCCUCUCCGUCGCCGCCUCUCUGCCCGCCGCCGCCCGCGCAAGCCUCGCCGUUCCCGCGGCGGUCACGGCGGUGGGCGCGCGCGGAUGGAAGCACUACGCGCGGUGCUACUACGAGCUAAGCAAGACGCGGCUCAGCCUGCUGGUGGUGGCGACGGCAGCGGCGGGCUUCGUGAUGGGCAGCGGCGACCACGUUGACUGGGCAGGGCUCGGAUGGACCUCGCUGGGAACUUUCCUCGCAGCUGCGUCCGCCAACACGUGGAACCAGGUGUACGAGGUGGCGAACGACGCGCUGAUGAAGCGCACGCGGGGCAGGCCGCUGCCGGCAGGCAGGAUGAGCCGGCAGCACGCCAUCGCUUGGGGCGUGCUGACUGGCGCCAGCGGCAUGGCCAUCCUCGCCACCCAGGCCAACAGCCUGACGGCGGGGCUGGGCGCGGCAAACAUAGUGCUGUAUGCGGGGGUGUACACGCCGCUCAAGCAGCUGCACCUCGCCAACACAUGGGUCGGCGCGCUCGUGGGCGCCAUCCCGCCGCUCAUGGGGUGGGCGGCGGCGAGCGGCGGGUUGGACACGGGAGCAGCGGUGCUGGCGGGGGCGCUGUACUUCUGGCAGAUGCCGCACUUCCUCGCACUCUCAUGGCUCUGCCGCGCCGACUAUGCUGCAGGGGGCUACCGCAUGCUGUCUCUGGCGGAUCCCUCUGGGCGGCGCACGGCGGCAGCGGCACUGCGCAACUGCGGCUACCUGCUGCCGCUGGGGCUGGCUGCCGUCGCGCUUGGCUGCACCACCAUGCCGUUCCUGUGGGAGAACGUGCUUCUAACGGGGGCCUACACCGCGGCCGCGCUGCCCUUCUACCGCGACCCGUCCUCCGCGUCGGCGCGCCGCCUCUUUCGCGCCAGCCUGCUGUACCUACCGGCCGUCAUGGCCGCCAUGCUGCUGCACCGCCUCCCGCAACCCGCGCACCACGCACACCACGCCCAUGCCCCCACACUCACCCAUGCGCCACUCCCUGCGCACGCCACUGCAGCUGUGGGAGGUGCAGGUGAGGGAGGUGUAGGGGGGCCAGCACAAAGAGGGCAGGGGGCACAAGAGGUGGUGGGGGGGAGGAGGGGUUGGGAGGAGGCCGAGGUGCGAGAAGAGGGUGAAGGCAGGAGGAGGGCGAGUUUGCCCCCUGUGGCGUAUUACUCAGCUGCUCCCUUCCCGUUUCUGCCGGUGCCGCACUACGCAUGACACUGCAUGCACGCUGGGAAGGAAGGCGCGUGUCACGCGCACACUGACCUCUGUCACGCGCGCACUGACCUCGCGUGGCGCAAGUAGUGCGGUUGACCGCUUAACGCCUCAUCUCCCCGCCCAGAUUCUCGCCUCUAAGCGAAUCCCACAGUGUUCUGCAAGUCGCGCAACCUUAGCAAGCAGCCGUGAUGGACACGAAGGAAGCGCUGCGCUGCACCUUGAUUGCAAUCAACAUAAGAGCCCUAAUUGCCUGAAUAUCUGUUAGUCAGCUCCGAGACUGAGCCAAUAAAUGUGUCAUACGUAUGUUUUGCACCACCUUGAUAUGCAAUUUGUCCAAAUGCCCUGUAGCUUGUGAGUC